AUGUUUAAAAUAGAGAUUUUAUUUAUAAUUUUUAUUGGAUUAUUAAUUAAUGUUGGGAGCAGUACAGAUAUUCAAGAGCAAUCGAAUAUACAAGUUUAUGACAAUGUCAACAAUCUGACAUUGUUCUCAUCAAACACUAUUAUCACACCCAACUCUGAGGCACUAAGUCUAGAGAUUCAAAAGAUCUUGGACACACUUCCAAGAUAUGAUUUUCAUUUUCAGAAAAUCGACACGAUCGAGUUCGAUCCAUCCAAUUCAAGUUAUAUACAAUCAUUGAUUGUAACAGGAUCACCAUUUGCACUAAUCAGUGGUUUAAUUAUAUUAUCAUUGAUUUUUGGUAGCAUUGGCUAUAUGAUCCAUAGAUUUUUAAUUCGACCAAGAAGAAAGUUUUCAUUAAAUUUAGAAACAUUCGAACUAAAAGAGAAUCCAAGUUGGAAAGGUUAUUGUUGGACAUCAUUUACUAUAUUCUUUUUAUUUUCAAUUUUUGGACUUUUACUUGUUGGAUUAUUUAUUAAUAUUGAUUUGGAUAAUGCCAUUACAAUGGCAAUCGAUUCGUUGAAUAGUAGUAUUCAAGAACGAUCCGAUAUUGAAAGUAGAAUCAUUGAUGAAACAAGAAAACUAUCGAUCUAUCAUAAAUUACCAUACGAUGCUUUGGAGGUAAUUCAAAUGACCAAUGAAAUAGUUCAGUGGACAAACACCUCUCAACAAUAUAUUCAUCACUAUGAAAAGAUUCGUUUUAAUUAUGUAUUUGGUUCGAUCAUGUCGAUGUUUGCCAUAUGUACAAUCGGUUUGAUUGCAGUUAUGUUUAGACAUCGUUCGGCGAUUGUGAUAUUCAUUAUUCUAGGACUGUCGGUUUCCACUGUGAUAUGGUUGAUUCCAGCCGGUCAUGUUCCUCUCGGUGUAGUGGUGAGCGAUGUAUGUCCGCAGAUUCAAACACUCAUUCAAAACAGUGUUCCAGAGGAGAUGGAUCCAUAUAUCGACUUCUUUUUGACGUGCAACGAUAGCUCCAUAUUUGAAUUUGUAACACAGGUGCUCAACGGCGCCAUUACAGACACGGAAACACGUCUGAGUCUGGCAAUUCAACAUCACUAUCCUCAAAAGGCCAUACAAAAAUUGGAAUUCCAACUGAAAGAACUCAACGAUCUCUCUAUCGACGCAAAAGAUAUAUUAAAUUGUAAUAUAACAUCAGCUACAUAUUUAUCAGUUCAAAACAUUGUUUGUAUUGAAAUAUUAAACUCAUCUUCAUUAAUGACAUUUAUAUUUAUUAUUGUUGGUAUUAUAUUUAUUGCAUCUUUUAUUACAUCUUGUAAACUAUAUGGAACAAUCGACACCUACAGAUCACUCUAUGACACAGAGAACUUCUCAACUGAAGAAGAAGAUGACAACAACCUUAGUAAACCAUUAAUGUUUGAUUUAGAUGAGGACAACAAUCACAACAAUAUAUAUCAUGAUGAAUAUGAUAUAAAUAAUAAUAAUAAUAAUAAUGCUAUUAGUAAUCAGUCAAAACAACAACUAAUUAUCAAUGAUGACAUCGAAAACGAUACUAAUAAUAAUAAUAAUAACAAUAAUAAUAAUGAUAAUAUAAAGAUAAAUAAUAAUGAUUCAAUAUCAAAAAUAGAAUAA